AUGGAGACCCCUCCAGAGACCUCCAAGAAGAGACCAUCGCAAGCCAAGGUGCAGGAGCCGCCCCCAGAAAAGCAGUCCCUGAAGGAGCACCCCGCGGAGGAGUCCCUGCCCGAGGAGGCCCCGCACACCCCACGCAUGCUGUGCGUGCGCCACCUGAACCCCCAGUUCUCGGUGCCGGUGCUCGCCUGCCUGCUGCGGGACGCCCUGGAGCGGCUCGAGCUGCCUGUGAAGCGGGAGCACAUCGAGGUGGUGAGGCGGCCGCGCAAGGCCUACGCGCUGGUGCAGGUGACCACCCCCAGGGACGCCCUGGCCUCGCUGCCCUGGCGCCUGCAGCUGGCCUCGGAGGAGCACCUGAUCCUCAAGGAGCUGGCAGCCCGGGGCAAGGAGCUGGUGGUGACCGAGGGCCGGGGGACCUCCAGCCACAAAGAGCAGGAGGAGGACAGCGGCCCAAGCCCCGGUCCCAGCCCCGGCCCCAGCCCAGAGACCGGCCACCCGCCACCAGCCCAGCCCACCCAGACCCAGCCCAGCCAGGCCUGGGGCCUGAGUCCUCCGUACAACCGGAGCCGGCCCAGCGGCACGCUCUCCGACAGCGCCAUCGUGCACCAGGAGAUCCAGGGCCAGGAGCGGCUCUUCCAGGGCACGUCCCUGGGCAGCGAGACGCGCAACCUGGAGUUCAAGCGCGGCGGCGGCGAGUACCUGAACCUGGCGCUGAAGCACCACGUGCGGCGCUACGUGUGCGCCUUCCUCAACAGUGAGGGCGGCAGCCUGUUCGUGGGCGUCGAGGACAGCGGCCUGGUGCAGGGUGUCCGCUGCAGCCACCACGACGAGGACCGCGUGCGCCUGCUGGUGGACUCCAUCCUGCAGGCCUUCAAGCCCCAGGUCUUUCCCGACGCCUACGACCUCUCCUUCAUCCCGGUGGUCAGCAACUCCGCAACCAGGGGCUCGGUCCCCCUCAAGGUGAUCCGUCUGACGGUGCACACCCCCAAGGCCCAGAGCGACCCACAGCUCUACGAGACAGACCAGGGGGAGGUGUUCCUGCGGCGCGAGGGGAGCACCCAGGGCCCGCUGUCCAGCAGUGCCAUCCAGGAGUGGUGCCGGCAGAAAUGGAUGGUGGAACUGGGCAAGCUGGAGGAGAAGGUGAGGGUGCUGACCGUGGAGAAGGAGGAGCUCCAGCAGCAGCUGAAGGAGCACAGGCCCAUCUCCUGCACCUGCUGCGUCCUGUGA